UUUCUCAUAACAUAUAUUUAUCAUUUAUCUGUUUGAAUUUUCUUUUUGUAGCAGUUGGCUUUCCCACUUAGCAAUGGAGCUCCGUCACCUGAAGAAAUAUAUUGGAAAAUUAAAGUAGGCGAUAUCCCUAUGCCAAAACCUUUGAAGGAUAGCUUGCAUCUAGGGCCAAAUGAAAGAGUUGUGAAACUCAACUCGAAUUACAAACAGGAUUUUGGUACACAUGAAGCUCUAUUGUAUGUUUGGGGAGGACAAGUUAAUAAAACUCAAAUUCCGCAAGAUGGUCGAGUGAUAUAUUUCAAAGAUGAUAUAUUGUCAAAAGUAGGAGUUAAAAUGAAGUUGCACUUCAAGAAAAUCAAUAUUGAAGCCAAGUUUUUGCCAUUGCAUGUUGCAAAAAUCAUGCCUACUACAUCGGACAAAUUUCAAGUGAUCCUAAAUCUUCUUUAUGUGAAUCCUAAAUCAAUUUUAGCUCAAGAUAUCGAGUUGAUGAUGAAAAAAUGUGAAGAAAAAGGUGUCAAAGGUGAGAUAAGGAAUUGUGCUAAUUCAUUGGAAGGUAUGGUUGACUAUGUUACGUCACUAUUAAAUUUUGAAAAAAAUAAGUUGGUUGUAGCGUCCACGGAGGAGGAUUAUUGUAUCCUUUUGGAAUACACUAUUCAAAAAGUACAACUAUUAGGAAGUCACAGUGUGGUAUGUCAUAAAAUAAGGAAUCCAUUUGCUGUGUUUCUUUGUCAUAGCAUAAAGAAUACUAAUUUAUACAAUGUUUCUUUGGUUCGCGAUAACGGGAAGCAAACGGCGGCAUUUGCAAUUUGUCAUAAGGACACUUCUUUUUGGAAUCCAAGACAUUAUGCCUUUGAGUUUCUUAACACCAAGCCGGGUGGGAAGCCUAUAUGUCAUUUUGUUUGUGCAGAAGCAAUAGUUUGGUAUAGGCUGCCAAAAAAUAAAGGCAAUGAAUAAGGAGUGUGUCUUAAGUAUAAACACCAAGCUGGGUGAGAAGCAUAUA